AUGGCGGCCUCCUUGGUGCCUCUACCUGAGAUCGAGAAGCUAUCUCCCCGCGUUGUGCGGAUCCUAGGAGGAAACCCCGGAAAAUUCCAACUCCAAGGCACAAACACCUACCUCCUCGGCACCUCGCCCACGCGCCUCCUGCUCGACACCGGCGAAGGCAAACCCGCGUGGCUCGCGUCGCUACGCUCCGUGCUCGCCGCCCACGACAUCACCAUCUCCGCCGCGAUCCUCACGCACUGGCACCCGGACCACGUCGGCGGCGUCGCCGACCUCCUCUCCAUCUCCCCAGCCACCAAGAUCUACAAAAACGAGCCGACCGAGGGCCAAUUGGACAUAGCCGACGGCCAGGUCUUCCAGACCGAGGGCGCGACGCUGCGCGCGUUCCACUGCCCGGGCCACGCGACGGACCACAUGGCGCUGGUGCUGGCGGAGGAGGACGCCAUGUUCACCGGCGACAACGUGCUCGGGCAGGGCACGGCCGUGUUCGAGGACCUGGCCACCUACAUGGACUCGCUGCAUCGCAUGGCGGCCCAGUUCGGCGGGCGGGCGUACCCAGGCCACGGGCCCGUGAUCGAGGACGGCAAGGCGAAGGUGUUGGAGUAUAUCAAGCAUCGCAAGGAGCGGGAGGAGCAAGUCUUAGCUGUGUUAGAGGAUGCGGGGGGCAAGGGGGUGACGUCUAUGGCGAUUGUAAAGGUGAUUUAUAAGGACUAUCCCGAGAGUUUGUGGCAGCCGGCGGAAAGGGGUGUUGUGCAGAUUCUGGGGAAGUUGGAGGGGGAGGGGAAGGUUGUUCAUGAUGAGGGGGAGGAUACGUGGGCUAUAAAUAGAAAGGCGGCUUUGUGA